CAGGCGGGAGGGAGGCGGGGCGGAGGAAGGGGUUGGAUGUGGCAGAUCGAGGCCCCGGCUGCCAGCUGCGGCCCCAGCCAUGGCAUCCUCCUCGGCCUCGCCAGGGAAGCCCAAGGCCAAGUACCCCUUUAAGAAGCGGGCCAGUCUGCAGGCGGGCAGUGCCCCAGAGGCUCGGGGCGGGCUGGGGGGACCCCCGCUGCAAUCUGCCCGCUCCUUGCCGGGCCCUCCCCCCUGCCUCAAGCACUUCCCACUCGACCUGCGCACCUCCAUGGAUGGCAAAUGCAAGGAGAUCGCUGAGGAAUUGUUCAGCCGCUCCUUGGCAGAGAGCGAGCUUCGAAGUGCUCCGUAUGAGUUCCCAGAGGAGAGCCCCAUUGAGCAGCUGGAGGAGCGGCGCCAGCGGCUGGAGCGGCAGAUUAGCCAGGAUGUCAAGUUGGAACCGGACAUUCUGCUCAGGGCCAAGCAAGACUUUCUGAAGACAGACAGUGAUGCGGAUCUACAGUUGUACAAGGAGCAGAGUGAAGCCCAAGGUGACCGCGGGCCCAGGGACCGAGAUGGGCACCUGGAGCGGGAAUUUCAGAGGGUCUCCAUCUCCGGGGAGGAGAAGUGUGGGGUGCCGUUCACUGACCUAUUGGAUGCUGCUAAGAGCGUGGUGCGGGCCUUGUUCAUCCGGGAGAAGUAUAUGGCCCUGGCCCUGCAGAGUUUCUGCCCCACCACACGACGCUUCCUACAGCAGCUGGCCGAGAAGCCGCUGGAGACCAGGGCUUUCGAGCAGGGCCCAGAGACCCCUGUGUCUGCAGAUGCCCCGGUGCAUCCCCCAGUGCUGGAACAGCACCCUUAUGACCACUGUGAGCCUUCUGCCAUGCCUGCGGACCUGGGCUUUGGCCUCCGCAUGGUCCGGGGAGUUGUCCACGUCUACCUGAAAAGGGGUCCCGAGGAACAGCUCCACUCACUGACCCAGGCGCUCCAGCUGGCCCAUGCUCUGGAGUCUCCCUUCACUGUUUCCCAGAGUCCUUCCCUCGUGGCUGCAGUGCCAGGCUCCAAAUUCCAGAUGCACGUGCUCAGUAGGAUGAGGCUGGCUUACUUCAGAAAAGAAGGUGCCUCACGGGACUUCCACAACAUCAGGUCCUGCCCCUUUUCCCAGAGCAUGCCCGGCUGCCCCUCUGUCGCCAUUGGCGCUUCUGUGCCCCCUGUGGUGCCUCCAGGUGGACACGUCCUCAUCUUGUGGGCCGGAAGCACCUUCUCAAGCAUCCAGGGCUGCAUGAGCACCUGGAAGGGGUUGUGCCGGGCCGGGGCUGGGAGCAGGCAGCUGCGGGAGGUCUUCAGGCAUGAGCCUCACAGCCUAGGCUGGUGUGGGCCAGCAGUGGCACCCACUCCCCAGGGCAGAACACGGGCUGUCGAUUUGGCUUGGUUCAAUGCCAAAUACAACCCCAUUGGAGAGUCCGUCCUUCGAGAGAUUUUCAUCGAACAGACUCUGUCUGUGUCCCCCCAGGAGGUGAUGUCAGAUUUGGAGGAGAGCAAAUACCAGAAUGCCGAGCUGCGCCUCUCUGUGUAUGGACGAUCUCGUGAUGAAUGGGACAAGCUGGCGCGCUGGGCCGUGGGACAUCGCGUGCAUUCGCCCAACGUGCGCUGGCUGGUGCAGGUGCCCCGGCUUUUUGACGUGUACCGCACCAAGGGCCAGCUGGCCAACUUCCAGGAGAUGCUGGAGAACAUCUUCCUGCCACUGUUUGAGGCCACGGUGCACCCCGCCAGCCACCCAGAGCUGCAUCUCUUCUUGGAGCAUGUGGACGGCUUUGACAGCGUGGAUGACGAAUCCAAGCCCGAGAACCAUGUGUUCAAUCUGGAAAGCCCGCUGCCUGAGGCCUGGGUAGAGGAGGACAACCCCCCCUACUCCUACUACCUGUACUACACCUACGCCAACAUGGCCGUGCUCAACCACCUGCGCAGACAGCGAGGCUUCCACACCUUUGUGCUCCGUCCCCACUGCGGCGAGGCGGGACCCAUCCAUCACCUGGUGUCGGCCUUCAUGCUGGCUGAGAACAUCUCCCACGGGCUCCUGCUCCGAAAGGCUCCGGUCCUACAGUACCUCUAUUACCUGGCCCAGAUCGGCAUCGCCAUGUCCCCGCUCAGCAACAACAGCCUCUUCCUCAGCUACCACCGCAACCCCCUGCCCGAGUACCUGUCCCGGGGGCUCAUGGUCUCGCUCUCCACCGACGACCCCCUGCAGUUCCACUUCACCAAGGAGCCGCUGAUGGAGGAGUAUAGCAUCGCCACCCAGGUGUGGAAGCUGAGCUCCUGCGACAUGUGUGAGCUGGCCCGCAACAGCGUGCUCAUGAGCGGCUUCUCUCACAAGGUGAAGAGCCACUGGCUGGGGCCCAACUACACCAAAGAAGGGCCCGAAGGCAACGACAUCCGCCGCACCAACGUGCCGGACAUCCGCGUGGGCUACCGCCACGAGACGCUGUGCCAGGAGCUGGCGCUCAUCACGCAGGCGGUGCAGAGCGAGACGCUGGAGCCCAUCCCCGAGGAGGCUGGCCUCACCAUGAGCCCCGGGCCGCACUGAGCCCGGCGCUGCCCGCCCACCCACCCUCUGCCGGACUCUGCCCGUGCCUGCCCCUGCCCGCCUCCCUCCGUCCCCCACCAGGCUGCCGCAGGGAGGAGCGGGCCGCGCUUGGCUCGAGCCCUCAGGAGGCCCUGCUCUGGAGCUCUUUGGGGCUGAAUUAUGUGUUGUGACGCAAAAGGGCUGGGCCCAGCACUGCCCAGGGAGGCUUCUCCCUCCUGCCGGGCACUGCCUGGAGAGGCUCCUCCCUCCUGCCGGGCACUGCCUGGAGAGGCUCCUCCCUCCUGCCAGGCACUGCCUGGAGAGGCUCCUCCCUCCUGCUGGGCAUUGCCCAGGGAGGCUCCUCCCCCCUGCCCAGCUGUGCUCUGGGAAUCUCCUCUCCCCUGCCGGGCACUGUCUGGAGAGGCUCCUCCCCCCUGCCGGGCACUGCCUGGAUAGGCUCCUCCCUCCUGCCUGGGCGCUAUCCCUGGGAGGCUCCUCCCUUCUGGUGGGCAUUGCCCAGGGAAGCUCCUCCCUCCUGCCGGGCACUGCCCAGGGAGGCUCCUUCCCCCAUGCCCAGUACUGCCCUGGCAGGCUCCUCCCUCCUGCCUGGCACUCCACAGCCUUUCAGAAGCCUGGCAGCCACACGCCUCAGGCAGCUGUGGACAGGGGUGUUUGUGUGGUUGGGGAGCGGGUUUUCUAGAGCUGCUCGGUGCUCUGGGAUAGGUGUCGCUGGCCCUGUGGCUACAGACUGCCCGGGGGUGCUCGGGUCGGCUGCAUCCUGCCUGAAGGCUGGGGCUGCUGUAUUUGCCCUGGCCCUGGUCAAGGCGGCACCUCUCCAGCUGUUACUGGUGGGUUCCCCUCUUCUCACGUUGCCAUUGCCAUUCUGUGGCUGGUCCUGUCUCCGUGCCCAUUCCUGGUGGGUGUGGCGGGGUAGGAGGAAGGGUACAGGCCGGGCCCAAGGCCGGCGGCUUCCCUCCUCACUGCCCGCCCAGACGAACUCAUGUUGUAGCUUUUUGUGCCGCUGAAGAGGAGGGGGCCCGCCUCAGCCAAAGCACGGGGCGGCCAGGGGAGCUGGCUCUUGGUGAGAGAGUGCCGGGGAGGCCCCAUUUGUGCCUCUCCCCUCCUUAAUCCCUCGAUGUCUUUGUCACUGGCCAAGCUGGAACUGUGUUUUUCAUUGCUGUGAAAUAUGAGAUUUCAAAUCAGUCCCUCUUCAAAGCAUGAGAAAAAAAAUAAAGGUUAUUUAAGUAA